AUGAAAUUAAUUCCCUGUUUGAAACAUGAUGGAUCAUAUUUAUUAUUUAUAAAAUAAGAUAAAAAUGAGACAAAAUUUUUUUGUGAGUAAUGUUGCAUGGAUAUGAAUAAAUAAUACCUUCAAAAUGAUUAAUAAUAUUUAAUUAUUUAUUAUAAAAGGCAUUGAAAUCACCAGAAUUUUUAAUUUCAAAACUGAAUUUAUCAACAUCCCUUUAAGAAAUUUUCACCAAUUUGUAUUAAUAUGAUGAAAAUACUGUGAAUAAUCUUCUAAUUGAUUUUUAGACUUAAUUUUCAAACAUAGAAAAAGCCCUAAAAAUAGUUUAUAAAGAACUAGAAUAGCAUUCUAAAAGUAUUCUAGAAAUAAAAUUGAAGAUUAGGAAUGAGUUAAAAAAGGUUAUUAUUUAAUCAAUAAUAGAUUAUUAAAUUUGAUUAAUUUUAAUAAUUUUCAGUUAAUCUUGAAUAAUUAGGAGAUUCGAUUAAUAUUUAAGCUAUAGAAUAAAAUGAAAAAAAUCUGCAUGAAUAUUUAUAAGAACUUACAAAAAAUAACUGUUAAGAACUGAAUUUAAAAUUGAUUGAUGUGCUUGAAAGAAUAUAACGAGAGCCAAAAAAUCUAAAUGAGGAAUAAUAUCCUUAAUGUAGAAAAUUAUAAAAUUACUUUAAAUCAUUUAAUCUUAAUUAAUAAAGUCUUGCAUAAUAUGAUAAUUUACUGAAUAUUGUUUAAUGUAGUACAAAAUAUGAUGGAGAGUUAUUGUCAUCUAAUUAAUUAUGCAAGAUAAUUAAUUAUAUUUAAUCUAAAUUGAAUAAAAAAGUAAAAACCUUUUAACAAAUAUAUUUUGGAACUAAAGAUGGAUUAAAUGGAAAAGUGUUUUGGAAUAAAGUGAACGAGAAAUCAAAUUUAUUAAUGAUAUUCAAAUCUAAGAGUGGAUUUAUUUUUGGUGGUUUUUCUCCAUGUCAAUGGCAAUAAAGUUUGAAUAAUUAUGUAAAAGAUAAUACAUGGUCUUCAUUUUUAUUUUCAUAGACUCAUGAUUAAAUAUAUCCUUUAAAAGGAGACGCUUUCUAUUGUAAUUUAUAAUAUGGACCUACUUUUGGAGGUGAUUUUUAUAAGGGUAGUCAUGAUAUAUAUAUUGAUAAAAAUUUUCAAGAAGGUUAUUCUAAUUUGGGAACUGCAUAUUAAUGUGAUUAAUAUUAAAUCGUUAAUACUAGCACUCAUUUAUUUGGUUAAGUAAUUCCAAGAAUAGAGGAGUGCGAGAUUUAUUAAGUAAUAUAUGUUUGA